AAAAAUCAAUAAAAUAUAUUAAAAAAUAAUAAUAGUUAAUAAAUCAUAAUUAAUUAGCUAAUAAUUACUGAAAUGAGUUGUUAGCAUUUCUCAACUUUAAAAUCUUAAUGCAAUUAGUAACAUACUAUUUAAUAAAAAUGAUCAGAGGACUGUUAAAUCCUAUUUUUCUAAAUCACAUACCAGUUAUUGCAUAUAUAUUUUAUAUAGCAAUAUAAUCUCUGUGCAUGUUAUUAUAUAAUCUGCUUUUUAAUUAUCAUUUUUCUAUAUGUGCAUUUCUGUAUAUUUACCACUAGAAUGAAGUUUAGUCAGAGUGGGGGUUUAUGUAUGUUUUUCCCCCCUAUCUUUUUGUUUGUUUGAAUUUAUUGUGUUAAGAGCAUAACAUGAGAUCUACCCCUUCAACAAAUGUUUCAGUGUAUAAUACAGUAUAAGUACAACAGUGCACAACAGAUCUCUAGAACUUAUUCAUAUUGCUUAACUGAAACUUUAUGCCUGUUAAUUUAGCUGUAUGUUUGUUCUUUGAUACGUCCUGAGCAUACCACACCUGUUUUGCCUGGCACAUAGUAGGCACUCAAUAAAAUAUUUGUUGAAUGUUGAGUAAAUUUGUAGUCACAUAAUUGCCACUUUAAAUAACUAUUAAGCAUAGCAAGCUAAUACACGAUUGUUUAGUGAACAUUUAAAAUCUAUAGUAUUUUAUUUUAAUUGAGCAAAUUCUUCUGAUUUUAUGGUUUCUAUAUGUGUUCUAUUAGUUUUAAAUAAUAUCUUCCAUAGUAUUCUUACUUUUAUAAAAUUGAUUCUUUUAAAAGAGUUUUUGGUUUAAAAAAGGUGGAUAGAACCACUUAAUAGGAAGAUUAAGUGCCAUAUAGAUUUGUAAUAUAAACACAUAAACCCUUAAUUAUGCCUGUGGAUUCUUCCCACUUUACGGGUGUUCAGGUAAUUUUUUAACUUCAAUUUACCUUUUUAUUUUUUUGAUAGAGCAUAACUUUGCUAAAAGACAUACCAGUUCAUCUUUAGCUAUGGUUUGAUGCCCAUAAUUUGGGAAAAGGGCUUAGAAUAAAACAUAUUCAUAAAGAGAGACAGUAGCUUUUGGUGGGAAUAAGAGCUGGGAGGAGCCUUACACUGUGCUGAGAUGACCUGCACGAGCCACAGGACACACUCCCUGGAGCCCUAGGUCCAUCCUUCACUGGUGGAUUGAGGCAUUUAGUCUAAAAAAAAAAAAAAAAUCUAGGUACCAGACUUUGUCUACUUUAUUUUUGAAGAUAGCCAAUACUUGGCAAUAUUGAUAACUCUAUUCUAAAUCAAUUUUAUAUCAUGUACAUACUUAGCAAUUACAUCCAUAGGAAAGGAAUUGAAUAGACAUUUCCUUGCAAAUCUAGAUACAAGCAACUAUUGAAAUUUUCUUAACUUGUUUGGUUUUCACUUUCUUUAUAACGUGUUACUUUCCUGAAACCACAUUCAAAGGCUAGGAAGAUUGAACCCCUGCAAAAUACACUUGAAGGUUAAGUAGUAACUAGAGAUCUCAGCUAAUCCUGUGUAAUCUGCUCUUACUAAAUGGCUGUUUGUGUUCCAGGCACACCAGCCUCUGAAUGCUUAGGAUUUGGUCUUUACCUUUUGUUCCAAUAACCUCUAAAAGGAGCAAUGCGUCUCUUAACAUGUCUGGGCGUUGUGCUUAGCUUUUUGGAAGGAGUGAGUUGUUUAUGUCCUUCACAGUGCACCUGCGAUUAUCACGGCAGAAAUGAUGGCACGGGAUCAAGGACAGUGCUGUGUAACGACCAAGAUAUGAAUGCGCUCCCCCUGAACUUCCCCGUGGACACUGCGAAGCUUCGCAUAGAGAAGACCGUCAUCCGCACGAUCCCCGCCGAGGCCUUCUACUACCUGGUGGAGCUCCAGUACCUCUGGGUGACUUACAAUUCUGUGUCUAGCCUUGAGGCCAGCAGCUUUUACAACCUAGGGCAGCUGCAUGAGUUGCGCUUGGAUGGGAAUUCUCUAGCUGCCUUCCCUUGGGCAUCUCUGCUGUACAUGCCCCGUCUAAGAAUCCUGGAUUUGCACAACAACCAAAUAACCAGUGUGCCAAAUGGGGCAGCCAGGUACCUGAAGAACCUCACCUACUUGGAUUUAUCAAGCAACAGACUAACCACACUGCCACCAGAAUUCCUGGAGAGCUGGUCCCAUGUACUUACAACAUGGUCUGGAAGCCGGAAGCUUUCAGCAAGAAUUAUUCUUGGUCUGCAGGACAACCCGUGGUUCUGUGACUGUCACAUUUCCCAAAUGAUUGAGAUAUCCAAAAUUGCUGAUCCUGCCAUAGUACUUCUUGAUCCACUGAUGGUCUGCAGUGAGCCCGAGCACCUGACAGGGAUUUUAUUUCAGCGGGCUGAGCUGGAUCAGUGUGUGAAGCCAUCGGUGAUGACCUCGGCCACCCGAAUCACGUCUACUCUGGGCAGUAAUGUCCUGCUGCGGUGUGAUGGCACUGGCUACCCCACCCCGCAACUCACAUGGACCAGAUCUGACCACUCGCCUGUUAAUUACACAGUAAUUCAGGAAUCUCCAGGGGAAGGAGUCAGAUGGUCGGUAAUAAGCUUCACAGACAUUUCUUACAAGGAUGCUGGGGAUUACAAGUGUAAGGCCAAAAAUUUGGCUGGGAUGUCAGAAGCCCUGGUUACUGUGACAGUGGUUGGUGUUGCCACGACCACCAUCGCAUCAGACAGCUCUGAAAGAAGAAAUGGAGAUGACCCUGGGCGAGAAGGCCAGCCAGGAUCUAGAAGGUCUAUAUCCACACCUGGUUCAUCGCCAUCUCCCUGGCCUUCUUCCUCCUCUUCUUCCUCUCCUUCUUCUGCUUUUCUUUUUACUUCUACUUCAUCUCCUUCUGCUGCUUCCUCCUCCUUAUACCCAUUCUCCUCCUCCAUGGUUUCUCCAACCACAGCUCUAAGCACUAAAAUUUCAACAAGCACCACCCUGGCCAGCUGGCAGUCCCUCCAGCUGCCUCCAGAUGGGGAAAGAAAUGUAAAGGUGGAGAUGGGUGGAAGUCAGCAUCCCCCAGCUAGUGCAAGUAGACAAGAAGAGCUGACAUCAUUGGGUCGAACAAGGCCUAGGGAGACGAAUACCACGAUAGAAAACCUCAGGGCAGUCAGUGAAACCAAGGAAAGUGUGACCUUGAUGUGGAACACCAUCAACACCAUGCAUAACUCAGAGGUGACCGUGCUGUAUUCCAAGCACGGGGAGAAGGACCUGCUGCUGCUGGAUGCAGACUUCAGCAAGAACCAAGUCACCAUCGACGGCCUGGAGCCUGGUAGGCAGUACAUAGCAUGCGUCUGUCCAAAAGGGGCACCUCCCCAGAAAGACCAAUGUAUCACCUUUUCUACCGACGGUGCUGAAGAAAGUCAUUCGCAAGAGCCCUUCCUUAUGGCGGUGAGCGGUGCCGCCUGCGUUGUUGUCUUGCCGUUGAUUGUUUUCCUGUUGUAUAAAGUUUGCAAACUGCAAUGUAAGUCAGAGUCCUUCUGGGAAGAAGAUUUGGAAAAAGAGACUUAUAUCCAGUUUGAAACCCUGUCCCCAAGGUCUCAAAGCAUAGGGGAACUCUGGUCACGAAGGCACAGAUAUGAUCCUGAAAAACUGCUGCUUUGUUCUGGGUCAAGUGUGGAAUCUCGGAUGACUUUUAAAAGUGAAGAGAUCUAGACCAGAUUGUUGUUUCCAAGAUUAUAUAGCUCAGGCACACAUGAAUGCACAAAAUAUCUUCCAAAAAAUGAAGAAUUUGAGGUGUAUUUGGCUCUUUGUUUGGAUGACUUUUAGACAGAUUUUCACAUCUUCCAUAAUAAUCACAAGUGGAGUGAUUUUGUGUUUUAAAAAACUACCAUCAGACCUCUGAACUGAACAAUAUUUUUAUUUUUUAAAUAAAAUAUCUAUAGUUGAAAG